GGGGUGCACAAGGGUUAAGAUUGUGAGUCUUUAAAUUUGCUGCUGAAAAAUCCCUUCCUCAAUAGUUGGCGUUUGUCAGUCAGAAAAUGGAGCAAAAGAUAGUAAUUAAGGUACGUUCACACUGCAAGAAAUGUAGGUCCAAGGCCCUGGCAAUGGCUGCCACGGAAUCAGGUGUGAUAUCAGUGGCACUGGAAGGGGAAAAGAAAGACCAAGUCGUUGUGAUCGGAGAUGGGGUUGAUGCAGCGGGUUUGACAAGCUCAAUGAGGAAGAAAUUGGGGUACGCCAGCUUGGAGCUUGUUGAGGAAAUAGUAAGGGACGAUUCUGUGAAAGAAGCUUAAUUCCUGAAGACUCUCUAAGAGCCUUACUCAUGGUCAUGGGAUGGAACAAUUAUAACUUGACCUGUUAUAUGUUAAUUUCUACGGUACAAGGUUGCAGUAUCCUGUUUGGGAUGGAGAACUAGUUCUUGCUACCGUUGUGGCUCUUCAAAUUGUACUGCAACAUUCUAUUUAAUCUCUUUCAACUUU